AUGAAGCUGUAUCUUUCAACUUUUGUCGCAUCCCUGGUCUCUUUACUAAAUGACGCAAACGCUCUUAACGUCAAAAUUUUUGGACUGAACUACAGCGCACGCAUUGGCGCAGAUUGGCUUCCUGAGAAUGAGAAAUGCAAGUCCGCAGCUCAGAUUCAAAAAGAUAUGUAUGCUAUAAAGGGUGUUACCGACAUCGUGCGCAUCUAUUCCCUGGUCGAUUGCAACUUGGCGGAGAUCAUUCUACCUGCUGCCAGAAACGCGGGGCUUCGAGUGCAGCUUGGCAUUUGGACGACUGCUCGUUAUAGCUCAUUGGCUGGAGAGAAGGCCAAGCUGACAUCACUCAUUGACUCGGGUAUUUACCAAGACAGUUUGGUUGUUGGCUUGCAUGUGGGUAGCGAGACAAUGUAUCGUGAGGAAAUUGAUGUAAAUACUGCUAUCAGCUACAUGAACGAGAUUCGUGACUUUCUUCACAGUCGUGGCAAGUACAUACCUGUUUCGAUCGCUGAUGUGAUCAACGUCUACAAUGCGAAUCCGCAGUUGGUUGAUGCUGUGGACGAGGUAGUGGUCAAUCAAUUUUCCUUCUGGGAGAAUAUCGAUGUGACCGAGGCUGCGGCCAGAACUCUUGAUCGUCUCAAGAACUUACGAAUACUCUGCGCCGAAAAGGGUAAACCUAUGCGUAUAGGCGAGACGGGCUGGAGCUCUAGUGGCGAAGAAGUGACAGCGAGUGCCGCGACACCCGAAAACCAAGCCAAGUUCUUUUCAGACUUUUACCGAAUGGCUCAUGCACACAAUUUCGAGUACUAUUGGUAUGUCGCCUUCGACUCGGAUUGGCGUAGGAUUAUCGGGGAGAAGGAAGUGGAAGCCAGCUUCGGCAUUUUCAAGGAGGAUGAUACAAUGAAAAGUAACUUCGAUCAGCUUAAUAUUACUUUGUUGGACAAGCGUGCUAUUCGCAAUGUUGGUUCCAACUUGUUGUUGUCCGAAAACAAUGGCGCCGUGUAUAUGUCGGCAAAAUCGAAUGACUGGUUGGUUCAGGAACAGCAAAUCUGGUUCUUUGAUCCCGUCACGCUUCAAAUACGCUCUAUGAGCAGCGACCGCUGCCUUGAUGCUUACCAGCCGUGGGACGGCUCCAUUGUGUAUGUGUACCGCUGCUUGGAUUAUGAGGGCAAUCAGAAGUGGGGAUACAAUUCGCAGACUGGCCAAAUACGGCACCUCAAGCACGUUGGCUUUUGUCUCGAUACGGACCCUUUGCAGGAAAACAAGGUUCAGCUUUAUGGCUGCUCGGAUAACAAUCCGAACCAGAUGUGGGCCGUUAUUGACCCGAGUAGCAUUUAG